AUGGCUGGGGAAGGAGGAAUGGUACCUAACGCCGAGGAACCUGGUGCACCAGAACGCAGAGCAAGUGAAAGGUUCCGAAAGCACAACCCACCCACUUUCAAUGGAAUGGGAGAUCCAAUGGAUGCAGAAAAAUGGAUACGGUGCUUGGAGCGAAUCUUCGACUUCAUGGGUCUUACUGACAAGGAGCGUUUGACAUGUGCUAUAUUUCAACUAACAGACGAGGCCGACUAUUGGUGGGAGUCAGUGCAGAGGACAUUGUCGCCACAACAAUGGGAGGAAUACACGUGGGAAAAUUUCAAAGCAGAGUUGUACGAGAAGUAUAUUCCUCAGAGUUAUCGAAUCAAGAAAGAAGCAGAAUUCUGGAAUCUUCGACAAGGGAAUAAAUCUGUCACUGAGUACGACAGACUAUUUGUCCAGUUAUCACGCUACGCUCCACACUUGGUGGAUACUGAGGAGAAAAAAUCUGAAAAGUUCAGGCGAGGUCUACGACACGAGAUAGGAAUGCCCUUGGCUAGUCAAGGAACACUAACAUAUGCUCAAUCCUUGAGCAGAGCACGAGAUAUUGAAGCUAUGAUGCCAGAAGAAAUGAAAACACUUAUUCAAGACAAUAAGCGUGUCGACAACAACAACAAACGAAAAAGAAAAUGGCAAGGGACUAAUCAACAAAUGCAGCAAAACCAACAAGAAGAGCGAAAUACCCAGCAACAAGUACCGUUUUGCCAGAAUUGCCACAGAAAUCACUUCGGAGUUUGCAAAGCUGGGAGCGACGCUUGCUACAAAUGUGGAGAUAAUGGUCACUUUGCUCGACAAUGCCCAGGAACCCCACACAGACCUCAACAGCAUAUUCAGAAUCAAGGGAGAAAACGAGGCCAAAGGCCAAUUCGAAUAGCAAGAGCAUAUGCACUUGACCGACAACAACAAGCUCAGGCACCAGAAGAUGUGGAAGGUACGACCAUAAAGAAUUGA